UCGGACACAUUGACAGCCAGCAAUCCACCCAUGUCUCCGGGCUCCAGCGGGGAAUUGUCCCCCUUUGACUUGUUGGGUGACAUUGGGGAUGUGGGCCCCGGAUCCCCUACAGACGAUGGCCUUGAGGGAAACCAGCAGGAUUCCGGUUCUGGACAGAAAUGGGACGGCCGCACCGAGAUUGCCGAGCAGGCUAAACAUGAAGCUGAGAUUGAGAAUCGGAUUGCGGAGUUACGGAAGGAAGGAUUCUGGACUCCGCGGCGUCUCUCUAAAUUUCCAGAACCAACUCGUCCCAAAGUGCAGUGGGACUACCUGUGUGAGGAGAUGCAAUGGCUGUCUGCGGACUUCGCACAGGAGCGCCGGUGGAAGAGGGGGGUGGCGAGGAAGGUUGUGAGGAUGGUGGUACGACAUCAUGAUGAGCUGAAGCAGAAAGAAGAGCGGGCGCGGCGGGAGGAACAGGCCAAGCUGAGGCGCAUCGCUACGUCCAUCGCUAAGGAAGUGCGUCAGUUCUGGAGCAAUGUGGAAAAGGUGGUCCAGUUUAAGCAGCAGUCUCGCCUGGAAGCCAAGAGGAAGAAGGCUCUGGACCUGCAGCUGGAUUUUAUAGUCGGUCAGACAGAGAAGUAUUCUGACCUCCUGAGCCAGAGUCUGAAUGAGACCAUGCCCAUGAGCAAGACCAGUUCAUCCUGUGUUGGGUCUUCUCAAGGAGGGUCGUUGAGAACCAGUCCAACGCCAUCGAUCUGCCAGAAAGAUGGAGAGUUUCUUCCUCAUGAGGAUGAGGAGGAAGAAGAUGAUGAUGAGGAGACAAUAGAGGUUGAAGAACGUCAGGAUGGAAAUGACGCCGAGUCCCAUCGCCUGGAACUGGAACUUCUCAAACAAGAGAGUGAACUUCCCCUUGACGAGCUCCUUCAGAGCCUUCCUCCUGAGAUCCUUCAAGAAGAGACUGACGUGGAGGGUGCCGAGUCUGAACAUGACGAGUCCUCUUCGGAGGAGGAAGAGGAGGAGGACGUUGUAGUGGAGGAAGAUGACGAGUUCACUGCCAAUGAGGAGGAAGGUCUGUUGUUCCUUGUGGUGAUUUAUGGAGAGUUUCUUCCUCAUGAGGAUGAGGAGGAAGAAGAUGAUGAUGAGGAGACAAUAGAGGUUGAAGAACGUCAGGAUGGAAAUGACGCCGAGUCCCAUCGCCUGGAACUGGAACUUCUCAAACAAGAGAGUGAACUUCCCCUUGACGAGCUCCUUCAGAGCCUUCCUCCUGAGAUCCUUCAAGAAGAGACUGACGUGGAGGGUGCCGAGUCUGAACAUGACGAGUCCUCUUCGGAGGAGGAAGAGGAGGAGGACGUUGUAGUGGAGGAAGAUGACGAGUUCACUGCCAAUGAGGAGGAAGCUGAAGAUGAAGAAGAGACAAUUGCAGCAGAGGAGGCGCUGGAGGGCCAGCAGGACCAUGCCGAGGAGCUCUCACAACUGGCUCGGGAAGGAGAAAUGUCUCUGGAGGACCUCCUGAAGAAGUACUCCGUGGCGCAGACUGAUGAAGAGGAGACGGUGGACCCAAGUGAAAGCAGCCUCAUGUCUGAGCAGGAGACGUUCGAAACCUCGGAAUGUGAUUCAUCUGACUGUGAGUCGGAGGGGGUGGAGUUUCUUGUGAAGCAGGAGGAUGAAGAUGUCGGUACUGACCACUCACAGAAUGAACUCCCAGAACCUAAAAAAGAGAUCACUGAUAUCGCGGCUACGGCGGAAUCACUGCAGCCUAAGGGGUACACGUUGGCCACCACACAGGUGAAGACCUCCGUUCCCUUCCUCCUGCGCGGGGACCUGCGGGAAUACCAGCACAUCGGCCUGGAGUGGCUGGUGACCAUGUAUGAGAAGAAGCUGAAUGGGAUAUUGGCGGAUGAGAUGGGGCUGGGCAAAACUAUCCAGACCAUCUCGCUGCUGGCUCACCUGGCCUGUGAUCGAGGUAAAUUCCCGGGGGACCCCCUCUAA